GCGCGGCGCGGGGCCAUGCGGCAGCCCCCGGGCGGUGGCAGCGGCGGCGGCGCCGCCUUCCUGCCCGCGGCGCGGUGCGGAGCGGCGGCCGGAGCGCCCCGCACAGCCAUGGGCGAUGGGUGGCUGCCUCCGGACUGCGGCCCCCAGAACCGCUCCGUGGCCGGGGUGACGGCCGUGCCGCCCGGGAGCCGGCAGCUGCCCGCCGCCGAGCUGUCGCAGCAGUGGGCUGUGGGCAUGAGCCUGCUGAUGGCCCUGGUGGUGCUGCUCAUCGUGGCCGGGAACGUGCUGGUGAUCGCGGCCAUCGGGAGGACGCAGCGGCUGCAGACCCUCACCAACCUGUUUAUCACCUCGCUGGCCUGCGCCGACCUGGUGAUGGGGCUGCUGGUGGUGCCCUUCGGGGCCACGCUGGUGGUGCGGGGCACCUGGCUCUGGGGGUCGUUCCUCUGCGAGUGCUGGACCUCGCUGGACGUGCUCUGCGUGACGGCCAGCAUCGAGACCCUGUGCGUCAUCGCCAUCGACCGCUACCUGGCCAUCACCUCGCCUUUCCGCUACCAGAGCCUCAUGACCAAGGGUCGGGCCAAGGGCAUCAUCUGCACCGUCUGGGCCAUCUCUGCCCUGGUCUCCUUCUUGCCCAUCAUGAUGCACUGGUGGCGGGAUGACGACCCCCAGGCGCUGGAGUGCUACCAGGAUCCGGGCUGCUGCGACUUCGUCACCAACAGGGCUUACGCCAUCGCCUCGUCCAUCAUUUCUUUCUACAUCCCCCUUCUCAUCAUGAUCUUUGUGUACCUGCGGGUGUACAGAGAGGCCAAGGAGCAGAUGAGGAAGAUCGAUAGGUGCGAGGGCCGGUUCUACGGCAGCCAGGAGCAGCCGCAGACGCCCCUUCCCGCUCACCCUCACCACCAGCCCAUCCUCGGCAACGGCCGGGCCAGCAAGAGAAAGACCUCCCGCAUCAUGGCCAUGAAGGAGCAGAAAGCCCUCAAGACUUUGGGCAUCAUCAUGGGGGUGUUCACCCUCUGCUGGCUGCCCUUCUUCCUGGUGAACAUCGUCAACGUCUUCAACAGGGACCUGGUGCCGGACUGGCUCUUCGUUUUCUUCAACUGGCUGGGCUACGCCAACUCCGCGUUCAACCCCAUCAUCUACUGCCGCAGCCCCGACUUUCGUAAGGCCUUCAAGAGGCUGCUGUGCUGCCGCCGGAAAGCCGACCGGUGGCUGCACGGCGGCGGCGGGGAGCUGGCCCGGCUGCCCGGGGGCUUCAUCAGCACCGUGGGCUCCCCGGAGCGCAGCCUGGCCGGGACCUGGUCCGACUGCAACGGGGGCACUCGGGGCGGCAGCGAGUCCAGCCUGGAGGAGAGACAUAGCAAAGCCUCCGACUCGGAGUCCAAGGGUCCAGCUUAGGUGGUGAGAAAUUUAUGGCCAGAACUUGCUCUGCUUGCCCUGCUGAAGAACUGUACUGGGUGAUGCAUCUCCUGGACAAGUGUAAUGGCACCGAGGUAGGAUGAGUUUGGCCCACUGACCUCAGAAGGGCCAGCUGUGUCAGCAAAGCAGUCAGGAUUUGCCUGCUGUUGAAUUUUUGCCAGUUGAGGACCUGCUGGAAGAGUCUGGAGGCUGACACGUUGAGUGCCUUCAUGGACAGCUGAAGUAAUCCCACUGGCAGCCUGCACAGGGCACGCCAGUCCAUCCUGCACGGCGUGGAAAAGGCAGUGGUACAGUAACAGUGAGGACAGAGCAGGACAUAUGGCACACACGUGUGCGAGGCAGGGGAGGCUGCUGGCGAGCACUCUGCCGUGGAUCACACGCAGAACAGGCUGUUCUCUGCAGGGAAGAAGGAUACUCUGAGAAGCAUCGUGGGGCAGCUGAAAUACUCCCGAGGCAGCGAGUCAAACACUCAGGAUGAAUAGUUUUUUCUGACGAAAACCAGACAUGGAUUAGCAGUUGGAGCUGCAAGUCAGAAAGAAAAGGUGGUGGGCAUGCGGCUGCACACGUACGUGGGCAGGAGAGCAACAGCAAAGAGCUGCAGGCCUGCAGGGAAGGGAGACACAGGUAAACCAGAAAUCCUCUCACAGAAAAUGUCCUGCAGCUGCCAGGACCAGAACUGUUUGGCGAGGAUGCCUGGAGACUUCCACAGGGAAGGCGCCUGAUUCUCCAAGGCGCCGGCCACGCUCCACGCAGUGUUUGCUCAGCACUCCUGAAAAGAAGGCAGCCUCUCUCCACGUGUUUGAGUGGGAAUAGAUCAGCUUGAAGGACUGCAUUCAGUUUUGUGUGUGCUCAGGGAAGUUGAGGCUGUUUCAGACACGCAACAGGCUCUGCAGAAGGACUCCCCACCAGUGAGAGCUGCACAGAAGCCCUCCUGCAAAUCCGCUGCACUCUGAGACUGCAGCCCUCAGCAUCCACUGUCUGUAGCUCCAAGCAGCAUGGAACUAUGUGCAAAAAAGGUGGAUUAUGAUCUGAACUGUGCAUUUGACAGCAUCAGCUGGGUGUUUGAACUGCUGCAUGCACUGGCUCUUAUGCAGAUGCUGCUUUCCCUCUUGGAUAUCCAUGUGUCGUCGACUAUAAGGACAACUUCUUUAUCAGCUUUUUUUUUCCCUAAACACUAUCUGAGGCUGAGAUUUUAUUAACAACCUUGAAGUGGCUAUUUUGCAAACCUUCCUUGUGCUGCACACUUUCCUAAUUUAUUGUAAUUUCCCGUCUGGUGGAGUGCACUUACUUCCUUUAUGUAAUAUAUCAGCUGCAGGCCUGGAAAUUGGGCAGCUAUGAACUGAAAAGAGCAGACUUUCGUGAGGCCAAAUGCGGUCAGGCAUCAUUGCCACUGGGAGCAGAAUUUGACCUGAUAAUCUAAUCUCAUACGAGACACUAUCUCCAGAAAAGUAUUGUCACCAACAGCAAAUGACCUCUGCUAAUGAAGCUGGAGCAAUUAGUCCUAUUUAAAGCUGUCGAGAAAAUGUUAACUGCUAAACAACAGUUAGUGCUGGAUAGUUCAAAUAAUGAGUGUUUUGUUUGCUGGUGUGUGUUAGGUGAUGUGUUGGGAAAUAAUUAUCCUUUGACUAGCAGCCAGCUUUGUACUAAUCAGAAGGGAGAAGUCAUGUUCUGUUUGAAGGAUUAUAACUAAAAAUAGUUCUGUUACCACCACAUCAACGAGCAAGAUGAAGCAAAUUCGCGGUGAUGUACACGCCUUGCUAACGUUUCACUUUUCCUCCUAAAAACUCAUUGUUCAGCUGGGACUUUCUGUUUGGUUGUGUCAAGAGCACUAAUGUGAUCUCCUGCAAUAGCACUAAGCACACUCUCCCCAUGGAGCAUUACCCUAUGCACCACUGACUCGCUUUCAGACCCUGCCAAAUUCCCAAACGGCCCAGGAGGAAGUAAGGAUUCUUUCUCUUCAUACAAACAAUUACACAUAAUGUAAGAUCAACAAUAUUUUUGGGCAAUCAUGUGGCAGAAGAAAUCGAUCUGCUUUUUCUCUGAGAUGUUUGUGUGCCUGCCCAUCCACCAGGAGCAGCUGCCCAUGGUAACAGCAGGUGAUUUAUCCCUGCAAUUCAGUAACUUCAGCCUGCCAAACUCUGCUAGGAAAAGUGACCAAGAUGGGAAAAGGAUAAAAAAAGGUGAUGAUGGUGAGCAAACACAGUAUUGGCAAUGCAAAAAGGAAAACUGGGGUAUCUUUGGCCAUGCUGUGGGUGUUGCCUUUCACUGAUAAAGUGUAAUUGGUUUAGAGAGGGAUGCACCAGGCAGAGGCACCGUGGAAACACAGGUUAAGAAGUGUUUGAGGUGAGACAUUCCAUAUAGGACCAUGCACCAAAGGACUGGCAGCUGAAAUAUGCCCAAACCUUCCUAGAAGUUUUUCCUAUUCUUUGUGGAUAACAGCAGCAGAGUAAAGCUCACCUGAGCAGCUUUCAGCUGAUGCCAAGCCACGCAGCUCCCUGGCCAGCCACGGACACAUGGGACCCCCUCAGCACCCCCUCCUCCCCUCCAAGUGGCUCCAGCCGAGCUUCGUUGGACCUGGAGCUGUCCCCCAGCCUGGAGCCUCCCUCCUGUUCUGUGGUGCCAAGCAGGAGGUGCCCCUGGCCUCGGGGGUGGCAGUGCUGUGGGCAGGUGCUGUGGGGUGCAGGGUGUGCCCGUGCUGCCCCAGGCGUGCUGGCACUGGCUGCCAGCCAUGCCCCUGCCCCACUCGUCCUCUGUCCUCCCAACCAGCCACAGAAUUGGGCCUGCUCUGCUGGAAAUGGAGCAGAGUUUGGGUUUGUUAUGUAAACUGGUGAUCAGCUUCCUGGUUCACCAACACCAGCAGCUUGGUACUCACAUUUGCUUCACAGGCUCACUUUUUUUCUUCCCUUCCCUACUCAGCUUCCAGGUUUUUCAUGGUAAUGUUUGCCUGCUUGGAUUAAGCACCCACAAGUUUAGUUUUUUUUUGUCAGUGCCCUGGCAGCUGUUUGAAUCCAGAUAUGAACUGUACCAGGGGCUGGGCAGUGUCUAGGUUUGGUUUUACUCAUUCCUUUCAGGAUUGAUGCUCAGAGUUAUUAAUGUUGGCUGCACCAGAGUGCAAAAUUCCCAGACAAAUAGGAAAUGAGUCCUGACCUCCAGGUUCACAACCUAAAGAAGAAAACAGAAGCUUACCAUUUGCAGACUUUUGCUAUUGGCAUGAUUAGCAGAGCAUCUCAGAUGUAAUGGUGUACCCUUCCCAUCUGAUCCUGUGUAAUGCACCAAAUCCUGUUGUCCUUAAUGAGAUUAAAUGAGGAUCUUUUACUA